UUUAUUAAAAUUUUUUUUUUAAUCUAGUUUGGUUUUUUAAGUAGAUUUCGCGUUUUUAUCUUUGCUGUUAUCUUAACCUACAAUUUUAUAAAGCAAAAUUUUUAAUGCUGUGGCUUCAAAAGUAUAUUUUGUAAUUUAAUAAUUAUGAAGAACUGGCGGGAUGCGGCAAGUAUUAUUUUGGCAGCUCAUUAUAAAAAUAAUUUGAGUCAACAAUUAAAAACAAAUUAUGACUUCAAAUUACUUUGUUUAAAACGCCAUAAAGAUUCAUCAUUUAUGCCCGGCAAUUAUGUAUUCCCCGGUGGCGUUGUAGAGCCAGCUGACGCAGAUUUUAAAUGGAAAAGCUUGUACAAAAAAUUUGGUUUUAAUGAUAACCAUUUUUUAUCACUACUUCCUAACAAUAAUAAUAAUUCAACAGCAUCUUCUUCAAAAUUAAAGCCAAUUAUUUUCGAAGCACAAUCACCGAACGAAUUACCACGAGAAGUAUCAUUGAGGAUAACGGCAAUACGCGAAACAUUUGAGGAAUGUGGUAUUUUAAUUGCAGCGUCUAAUGGCAAAAAUUCAGCUCACGCUCAACAUUAUACAAUCACCGGAAAAAAAUUGGUUGAUUGGCAAAAAAAAGUCCACGCUAAUGCAGCUGAAUUUUAUGAAAUGUGCGAAUCGUUACAGUGUUAUCCAGAUUUAUGGUCUCUGCACGCGUGGAGUAAUUGGUUAACGCCAGUGUUUCUUGGUGGAAAACGUUUUAAUUCUAUUUUUUUCAUCGCAUGCUUGCAGUCGAUUCCUGAUGCUCAGUUUGACCCCAAAGAAAUGGAAGCUUUGAUAUGGGACACUUCCAAAGAGUUGGUUGAUAAAUCAGAAGAAUUCAAACUCGCACCGCCGCAACAAUAUCAAAUCAAUGAAAUUUCAAAAAUUCAUCAGUUGAAUGAUUUAUUGAAUGAAGCGAUUGCGAGAAACAAAAAGGACAUGCUGUUAUAUUAUCCUAUACGUAUUAUAUUGUUAGAUGGGAUAAUUUAUUUGUUUCCUGGCGAUGCAAUGUAUCCAAAAGAAGUUCACUUGAGUGAAGUAAACGAUAUCGUUAAAAAUAAUUUAACUAUUCAGGAGUUUCAUGAUCAAUCAGUUGGCCCGAAAAAUCGGAUGUUUAGGAAAGGAAAGAAUGCGUUGAUUAUAGUCUUGGAAUAAGCAGUGAUUACAAUCGAUUCUUUUAUAGUUUUAUUAUUUUUAAAUGAGUAUAAGUUUUAUUUUUUUUUGUUUUGU